AUGGUGCGCACACUGCCCGUCAGCACGGCCGCCUUCAGCGACGGGGCGCUGUCGGUGGCGCCCAUGAUGGACUACACGAACCGCUUUCUCCGCUACCUGCUGCGGCGCGUCACGCGGCGGACGACGCUGUACACCGAGAUGGUGACGGCGAACACGCUCGUGCACUGCGACCCGGGUGAGCUCCCGCGCUUCCUCGAGCACGACGGCGACAACGAGCACCCGGUUGUGCUGCAGAUUGGCGGGAGCGACCCGGCGAUGCUGCGGCGCGCGUCGGCGCUCGGUGCGUCGUGGGGCUACGACGCCAUCAACCUGAACUGCGGCUGCCCCUCCGACCGCGUGGCGGGCUCGGGAUGCUUCGGCGCCGCGCUCAUGCGCGAGCCGUCCCUCGUCGGCGACUGCUGCGCCGCGAUGUCUGAGGGCGCGCCGGGCGUGCCCAUCUCAGUCAAGUGCCGCAUCGGGGUCGUCGGCUCGGCGGCCGAGGCGAUCGGCGCCGACGAGGCGGGAGCCGCCUUUGCGCGGGCGCGCGAGAGCCCACGCGGCGUCUCCCACUUUGCGGUGCACGCGAGGCAGGCGGUGCUCGGCGGCCUCUCCCCCGCGCAGAACCGGCAGGUCCCCCCGCUGCACUACGGCGUGGUCGAGCGGCUGGCUGCGGCGCUGCCGCACCUCUCCUUCUCGCUCAACGGCGGCGACCUCGACGCGGCGCGAGCGAUCCUGCUCGCCGGCGCCGACUCGCCCUCGGACGGGCGGCUGAGCGGCGUCAUGGUCGGGCGCGCGGUGGUGAGCCGGCCGUGGCGGCGGCGGCUGCUCGAGGAGUACGCCGCGUGGGGCGACGCCAUCGAGGCGACCACGCCGCAGCGCAUCCGGCGGCUCGUGCUGGCGCCGGCGCUGAACCUCUUUGCAGGCAGCGAGCCGCGCGGCAAAAAGUUCCGCGCGGCGCUCGACACGCGCGCAAAGGACGACUCGCUCGGCUUCUCCUCGCUGCUGCUGGGCGUUCGGAGGUGGGGGUGUGUCCCGGUCCAUAUCCCGGGGGUGUUUCUCUUCUUAUCCGUUACCAUGUAG